CGAGACCCAGUGAGUUGCUUACGCUCACUCGUGGGAGAGGGACAGCGGAGAAUUCUGUCACCUGCUAAUUGCGGGUUGAGUUGAAUUUGUUGGUUGUAGCGGUGGCCCUCUGAAUUUGUAUUGUUUGUUCUUUUUCGAAUCAAUUUUCGGUCCAAUCCUAGUCGAAGCGGUAGUCUCGCUGGCUUUGAUCAGAUGAGUUCAAUACUCUGUCAAUGCUGUCGAAUUGAAUCGUGAGGCGCUCACCAGUUUGAUUUCGGAAGAAAGCGGUUCAGUGAAUUGAUUGCUGAAGCUUUAUUCCAGCCGUGAAGUUGUGCAGGGCGGUACGAGAACUCUCUGGCUUUGGUGAGCUAGAUUUGUAGUAAGAAAAAUAUUUACUCAUUGCGCCUCGGAGAAGCGUUACGGUGAACUGCGUGAGGGUGGUGUCAGGAAAGUUUAGAGGCCCAGGAGUGCUUAGUGCGCAAUUUGCGCGGUGUGGAAUUUGGUGAGCUGGGAGGAUAAGAAUACGGGCUCUGGUUGAGCCUUUGUUUAGUGUCUCGUCGAUGGAGUGAAGUCAGUUGAUCCGAGAAAAUGGAGAAUUCGGACACGAAUUUGAAAGCUAAAGUUCAGUCGUUUCGUGACGUUUCUCAAGCGCUUCACAGUGCCGUCCAAUUGCUGGAGCAAGGUUGUAAUGGUCUCCCGACGGAUCAUGACUUUCACUUCUAUACCAAUUUUCAGGCAUUUAAGGUCCCUGUGAAAUCCAUUCAAAAGAGAACAAUCGGACUACUUUCUGAAGUCAGUGCUACGAAGGCCUUCCGUGCCUCUCCUGUUGUUGACUGGCCUGCCGACAAUGAAGAGGGUUACCACGCGCUCGUCGAACUACAAGAUGAUUUUCUUGAAAGACUGGACGCUUCCUUAGAGAAACCUGACGCUGAAAGACAUGGAAAGAACGUGGCGAGUUCUGAUGUAUCUUCUUCCAACUCGGGUGAGAGGGGAGAACUAUUGGGAACCCCAGAGGUGAAGAUUGCCAGUAUAGUUCCGUCAUUUCUACCUCGUAAGACUCCAUACGCAAGCUCCCGACACAUGCCAAAACCUCAAGACAAGUUUGAUGAAGCAGUGGACAAUUUUACUCCAUUUAAACAUCCGCGUCGAAAUCCAUGGGUGAAAGAGGCAGACAAGGAUGAAGUGGAUGUUUCUGCUGCCGCUCCUGAAAAUGGUGCCAUGGAAGCCGAGCUCGAUGAUUCGGCAGGAGACGUACAUCCUUUAGAGAAUGAGCUCAAUGAGAUGGCUUACGUGGAGCCUCUGUCAGAGCCGCUCGAAGCUACGAAACCUGGUUCUCUGGAAGAUACACCGUUCACUUUCGUAGACACCCAGGCUUCUCUGAAGACAAUGGCCAAGAAGCUUCGGAAUGCAGGGGAAAUUGCGGUUGACUUGGAAAAUCACCACUACCGCUCGUAUCUAGGCUUUGUAUGCCUUAUGCAGGUGUCGACUCGUCAGGAAGACUUUGUUGUAGAUACGAUAGCUUUGCGAAGUCACAUCGGUCCUUGCCUGGGAGACAUCUUUUCUGACUCUAGGAUACGAAAGGUGAUGCACGGAGCUGACCAUGAUAUAGUUUGGCUUCAACGCGACUUUGGCAUCUAUGUCUGCAACAUGUUUGAUACUGGCCAGGCGGCAAGAGUAUUGAAACUGCCUAGUGCUGGUCUAGGCUUUUUACUAGAAUCGUACUGCGGAGUAAUCGCUGAUAAAAGAUUGCAGCUGGCUGACUGGAGAGUCCGGCCACUCCCUGGCGACAUGAUGAAGUAUGCUAGAGAAGACACUCACUACCUGUUAUAUAUACAUGAUAUGAUGAAGAACCAACUUCUCGUCAUACGGGACGGUCCCAAUCCAUGCGAAGAUCCUUUGACCGAGGUGUGGAAGCGGAGUCGGGACAUAUGCCUCCAGUUGUUUAGCAACGAACCGUUAUCUGAAACCUCUUACCUCAACUUGCAUGGACUGUACGAAAAGAAUUUUAGGCCCGAUCAAGUGGCCGCAGUUGCUAAAUUGCAUGCUUGGAGGGAUAAUAUGGCUCGUAAGGAAGAUGAAAGCAUUGGAUAUGUGAUUCCUACGCACAUGCUCUUUGACCUAGCUUCGGAAAUGCCUGAAACUGUUGCAAAACUGAAAUAUGUUGCUAGCAAGAAAGGGUCAAGGAGAAUGCCAGGCAUAAUGAACUUCUACUCCGGGGUUCUUGUAGACUUGAUUCGUCAAGCUAAAGAGAAUCCUAUAUUCACCCCUGUGCAGCCUCGUGUUAGACCUACUUUCAUUGGAAGUGAUAGUGGGCAAGGGGUAUCAACGUCAAAAGUUGCGGGUGAAUUGGGUGGAGUAAAGGAAGGGUUGUCCCCAUCGAUGAAACAGCAAACUCUAGAACCAGAAGCCGUAUCAAUGUUGGACACUGCCCUUCUGUCUAAACCUUUGGCAGAACCCACAUUUGAAGAGCCUGAUGAUUGGCAUCACUUGGAAUCUGAUUUAACGACUGGAGUUCAUCUUGGUACCUCUGCUAGUGUUUCCAGGGAGCCUACUCCAGAGGCGAGAAAUGCAGGAACUGUGGAAGAGAAGAUUGUUUCACAGCCAAACUUUGGACUUCUCUCUGCAGAGCAACCUGUUGACUCCCAACUACCUUGCCCUGUUGUACCUAGUCUUUUAUCUAAUAAUAUAGAUUCUAUCACGCUGCAUGGUGGAGUGACACGACAAGAAAAUUCUACAUAUUCAACUGGCGCUGUCGAGGAUGCACAUUUCCCACAUUCUGAUACUCAGAUUCCUACCAAAAAUGUGGCAGAGGUUAAGUUACGGUCUAAAACGAAAGGAUUCGGAGCUUCUCUCUUUGGUCGAAGCAGGCAACAAAAAGGAGAAUAUCAAACUGCUGCACAAACCGGCCAGGUGGAGGCUAGGCUGAAGGCUCAAGCUGUUGAGUCUACCAUUGUUCUUCCUUUCAAGUCAGUGACAACUUCAACGGUUGAACCUGUCUUGAACGCCGCUGGUGAAGAUUUCAAAGACGAAGAAGCUGUAGAUAUGUCAGUCUUCAAAACUGACUCUCCCGAGCACGCGGGAACUGUACAGAGGCAAGAAGGAGAAGAAGAAGCUGUGUCGUUGGAAGCAGCCUUUAUUCCUGCCUUGGGAAAGGACGAUGGUGAGGUUAAAUAUAUGGAUAGUGCUGCCGGCGAGGGAAGACAUAGAACAUGGUGGCCACAUGCUGGAGAACCUGCUGGAGAGGAAAGCAUGGGAGGUGGAGCUAGUGAGAGAUCAGUAGACUUGGUCUCGAUGGCUUCAAAAGAUGUGCCUUCUCACACAAAGGCAGACCAGCUUGAUUCUUCCUUUCCACCAUCUUUAUCUGAAAGUCAUCGCUCUUCAAAGCGGAAGAAGAGAAAUAGGGGAGGUGGUACUGCACUGCCUGUACCAGGCGGUGGACUUAAUACAGGGGCAUCGAUUUCUGGUGAACAAACCGACAAGAGGAAAAAGGCUAAGGUCGAUCGGCCACUGUCGAAAGGAGGUGUUGAUCUUGACACAUGCGCUGUAAACGGUAGUUUCGAUUAUGCCGAAGCCAGGAGACGAUUGGGUGUAGAAAAUCUCUAUGUCGAGAAAGUGGAUGAAAAAGAUAGCAAAGGGAAGGGAAAGUUUAAUAAGAAGCCUAAUUCUUCCAAAAAAAACCUAAGCUCCGGGUUUGAUGCAUUAAGGAGAGUUCGUCAGGAUCCUAAACCAGAGGGCAUACCUAAAGCUCCUCGUAGGCAGGUCUAUUCUAUGACUGGAAACCGCUCAGCCACGUUUAGGAAGUGACGAGUGUGACCGUGGACCCAUGUGUUGCGUGUACAUUGUGUCCAUUAUCUAGCAUGUAAUGUCACUAGCCCAUCUUCUGCAGGCUAUCAGAUUAAGACUUUUUGCGGUUGUUCCUCAUGGUGUUGUACUCAAACAGGUCAAUCCAUACGAUAGUUGUGAAAACGUUUCGUCCCUGCACGCUUCUACU